ACCCCCGGGAUGGAGAGCCGAAAGGACAUGGUUAUGUUUCUGGACGGGGGUCAGCUUGGCACUCUGGUUGGCAAGAGGGUCUCCAAUUUGUCCGAAGCCGUGGGCAGCCCGCUGCCUGAGCCGCCCGAGAAGAUGGUGUCCCACGGUUGCCUGAGCCCGCGAGGCGGCCCUCCGGCUGCCCGGGAGCGCGGCGGGGGAGGCUCGGAGGAGGAGCCGGUCGAUGGACUCUCAGGCAGCGCGGCGGGGCUGGGCGCCGAGCCACCGGCAGCCGGCGCGGCCAUGCUUGGCCCGGGACCCCCGGCCCCUCCUGCCGACAGCCUCUCUGGCCAGGGGCAACCCAGUAGCUCAGACACCGAGUCGGAUUUCUAUGAAGAAAUCGAGGUGAGCUGCACCCCGGACUGCGCCACCGGGAGCGCCGAGUACCAGCACAGCAAAGGGCCUGGCUCCGAGGCAUUGGCCGGCAGUCCAAACGGCAGCAGGGAGACCCCUAAGAGCAACGGCGGCGGCAGUGGCAGCGGAGGAGGCUCUCAAGCCACCCUGGCCUGCAGCGCCAGUGACCAGAUGCGGCGUUACCGCACCGCCUUCACCAGGGAGCAGAUUGCUCGCCUGGAGAAGGAAUUCUACCGGGAGAACUACGUAUCGAGGCCGCGGAGAUGUGAGCUGGCUGCAGCCCUAAAUCUGCCUGAAACCACCAUCAAGGUGUGGUUCCAGAACCGGCGCAUGAAAGACAAGCGGCAGCGGCUGGCCAUGACGUGGCCGCAUCCAGCUGACCCCGCCUUCUACACGUACAUGAUGAGCCACGCGGCGGCCGCGGGCGGCCUGCCCUACCCCUUCCCGUCGCACCUGCCCCUACCCUACUACUCGCCCAUGGGCCUGGGCGCCGCGUCUGCAGCCUCGGCCGCCGCCUCGCCCUUCAGCGGCCCGCUGCGUCCGCUCGACACGUUCCGCGUGCUCUCGCAGCCGUAUCCGCGGCCCGAACUGCUGUGCGCCUUCCGCCACCCGCCGCUGUACCCCGCGGGCCCGGCGCACGGACUGGGGACCUCGGCCGGCGGCCCCUGCUCCUGCCUUGCCUGUCACAGCGGCCCCGCCAAUGGGCUGGCGCCCCGGGCCGCUGCCGCCUCGGACUUCACUUGUGCCUCCACCUCGCGCUCGGACUCCUUCCUCACCUUCGCUCCCUCUGUGCUCAGCAAGGCCUCCUCCGUCGCGUUGGACCAGAGGGAGGAGGUUCCCCUCACCAGAUAAGGAGCCGCCCUCGAGCUGCCAGCUCCAGGA